AUGGCGAAAGUCGUCUAUGACUCUGAGUUGAUGACUCAACAGAUUGCUGCCACGCCAGUGCCCCCAUCGAAGCGAUUUGUUGCGUUCAGCGACGAAAAGGGUUCUCCUGUUGAACUGGGGCGAGGGUCACUAGCCAUGGGCAUCAACUCGUACGGCGGUGGCCCCCGAGGACUAUAUAAGAAGAACCAUAGUCUAGGGUCGGCGCCCCAGCUAAUCAUAACGCUAUCCACCACUUCAAACUUCUCCCAUUACACUGUGAUUGUCAGUAUUGGCAGCAACGGGACUCUCUAUGCAGUCAAGGAGGAUGAGAGUAAUUCACGGAUGUUGGUCGAUCUUUCUGCCGCCGUGGGGAUAUCGGAGAGUCCAGUGGUGGCCUUUGAUUGUGUGUUCAACAAAUAUACUUCUCAAAUCCACCUCUGCUUUGCAUAUGACGUCGGCGAACACACAGAGCUCACGGUGCUCAAGCCCUUUGGAGCGGAGAUAUUGAACGAUGCUUCCGGCCUGAAAGACCUGAUCAUUCCCUUCAAAGGCAAUAUGAAGACGAAUAUCUCACGAAUCUUCGUGACGCCGAAUGACAGUCGAUCGGGUUACCCUGACAUUGUAUUUGCACAUAUUCCCGUCAACAGCGUUCAUGGUUCCAGUGAUCUUGCGCGUGUUCAACGUCACGCCCAACUCGAUGGUUAUCAUUUCAGUCAUGAAACUAGACUCCCUGAAAACGCCUCAAGCUUGGUUGAUUUCCGUCCUGCUGUGUUGCCCUUUGUCGGAUCUGGAUAUUUCGCUCUGUAUAUUACAAGGUCUCUGAGAAUGUUCCCAACCAUAACUGAUGAAGACCGGCCAUACAAGUUUCGCGUUUCACUGAAAGCCCCACAAUCUGCUACAUGUCUUUCCACAUUGAUAGAUAAAGAUGGUCACAGUAUCUUACUGGUCGGGGGAGCUGGAGAUCUGACUUACUGGAAACCUGAAGAUGCUCUGCACAGGCGUCAUGAGGGCACACUUGUACCUCUAGACUCGCCACUAUCGGACAUCAACCAGCUGCAUACUACGCAAAUUGGCGAUUUUUUCUCUCUUUGGGUUACAAGUGCUGGUACGCGAGUGAGUUAUGCCAACGCCACCAACAGCACUUUUGCAAAGCCACUUCAAGUCGUCCCUGUGCUCGAAACGGGAGGAUUAUUUGCGCCCUUCUAUCUUCCUAGACCAUCAUUUCCGGGACAGUUCCUUCAACAACUUCUCGUCGCAAACGAAUUCGGGCACUUCACUCUUUUAUCACAGCAUCCAGACACAAGUUCGAGUGGAGGGCUCUCCGAGUCAACCUGGAAGGUCACGCCGUUCAACAUUCCGGCUCUUGACGAGGUGCUGGAGUUCAACGGCUACAUGACGCGAGUCCAAGUCCUGUCAGCGAAUGGGAAACCUCUUCCGCGUACAACUCUUAGUCUCAUGAGCUCUACCGCCACAGAAUUGAUUGUCAACGGACGGACAACGAGAGUUUGGGAAAGUGGUACUUCGGUCAUAACCGAUAUGACUGGUACGGUGACGCUCGUUAUCCCCACGGCCGACAUCUCCAGCUCAACGUUCAGGCUCGGAAAUCCUAAAGGCAAAACUACACUGGCCCAUGAGUUUGAAAUCGACCCAACGAACAAAGUCCAUGCAAGAUUGAGCAAUAUACAGAGAGGAGACGAUCUGAAAAACGCGACGCUCCAGUCAGGCGGUAAACUUUUGGACGGGAAAAAGAUCGAUAACAAGAAACUUGACCAUGCCGCGGCGGCAAUCGACGCAAUGUGCAGGGAACGAGGAAAUGUGGCCACUCGACGUAGGGUCAAGAUGGGACUCGACGAUCCCAAGGCCUUCAAGCCGGGCCGACUCCACUUGCCAGCGGACCUUGGCCGAAUCAUGGGAGGGAGCAACCUGGCCCCGUGGAGCGCUGACGGCUCGGGAGGCCUGAAUGCUAAAGAGGUUUUGGGAGAUUUCGGAGGUGAUAUUGUCGACGCCGGCUGGGAUUUAUGGAAUUCCGUGAAGGAUAAAUUCAACGACUUCAAAGAUUGGUGGAUGGAGAUAGGUGAAGAAGGCCUCAAGCUCCUGGUCUGGCUUGGGAACAGGAUUUACAGGUUCGCUUUACACAGCAUUGAAGCGAUAGCCAAGGGCAUCUCGUUCGUCAUAGACAAGGUGCUUGGUCUCAUUGAUAAAUUGGUUGACUGGUUGGGCUUCAUAUUCAACUGGGGGGACAUUCUGGAAACCCACGACUCCGUCAUCACCUUGAUAAACACUGGCUUGAAAUUCGCGCCAGAGGUUCAACAACAAAUGCAUUCGACCCUUGGUAGCCCAGCUGUCACUUACGAGGCGGACCUUCCCAACGAGUUCUCUCAAGCACAGGCAAGUCCCGAUCCCGAAAUUGCUCAGGACCCGAAGAGUCAAGAGGUCCAGAAUUCAAGUGCAGCGAAUAAUAUGCAAUAUCAGUUUGCACAUGGAGGAAGUAGCAACAUGUCCUUGCUAGGAUCUUCACGGGUCGUAUCCCGGGCUAAAGGUCCCUCGUUCCUCGCCGAGGGAUUGCCAGAAGUCACCGAUGCAUUUGAGCAGGUCAAAGACGUCUUGAGUUCAAUAGGUGAUGCUUUCAUGGACAUGUUCGAGAACGGAAACUCCAUGGGUGUAGGUGAACUGAUCAAAAAUUUUGGCGAAGCAAUCUUCAACGCUAUCUUGGGUGCCCUGAGGACCUUCGCAGCGAAGUUGGCCGACAGUGGCACUUUCAACGGACUAAUGGACCUGAUCAACCUGCCCAUACAUAUUCCGAUCUUCUCUGCGCUGUACAAGAAGUUCAUCUCGAAAGGCCGAGACCUGACGAUCUUGUCGGGAUUCGCCCUGAUUUUGGCCAUCCCAGCAACCAUCGUCCACAAAAUAUUGAUAGGGAAGAAAGCUCCAAAGAUAACCCAAUCCAUAGCGAACACCAUUUUCACUCUACCAGAUCUCCAGGCCAGCACUUUGGCUGGCAAGAUUUCGUCAAAGAUCCUUCCGUCAGACAUCGACCUGAAAGUCACAGAUGGUCUUGCCGUCAAAGCCGCCGAAUCCGCCCGAGCGGAUAUCGCCAAUACAGGAACAGUCCUCGAUGCUCUCUAUGCCACGGCAAAGUUUCUCGAGUUCGUCUUUGUCGGGAUCGAAUUCUUCGAAUACAUUACUGACAUCCCACUUGGGUUUGACUCCGUCCCAAUUGACCUUGACGACUUUCCAUACAGACGAAGUGCAAAGAAGCCAAAGCAGCUGCAUCCCGAGCUCGUGAAGUUCCUGACCCCCACGCCGCUACAAAAGAGAUCGACUCUUGCCGCAAGAGACGCCGACUAUCUGAAGGAGGGCCCUUUCAUGGCGUUCGAGAGAUUCGUGUCUAUGGCCAAAGUCAUGCUCGCAUUUCCCAGAAACAACACCGGGCCAGCUGCCGGAUCACGAUACCUAAGUUGGGUUCUGAUGUUCGCCAAGGAGCUACUAGAGAUCGGUAUCGCUACUCAAAUACCCCCGGGCGAUCUCGAGCCUGGGUGGGACCUGCUAUUAGUGUCAAUCAAGGGCAUUAUGGCCGUCGCGCAGUUCGUUCUCCACAUGAAAAUCAACAAAAAGGAACUGGACCACUCGUACGAAGACCGAGACCCGGAUCUAUCUGCAAUUCGCAUUGUCGAAUCCCUCUUCAUCUUCCUCAGCGGCAUCUGUUCGACUGGGUACGGUUUGCGUGAAAAUCUGGGUAUCUGUAAGUUUCCGUUCACCCCUUUUAUACCAAACGAACGUGGCUAA